AUCGGUCUUAAAGGGUCAAGAAUUUUUCUCGGGAUCGGUCUCGGGAGGAUUCGAUUUCGCGCGUCCUGUUAACUCGACACUGUGCGCGUGAUGCGGUACGGUUGGAUGGUUGCGUAACAGAACAUCCACCUGCGGUCACUAGCUUGUACGGAGGAGAAGAAUGUUGAUCGAGCCUGCGUGUUUUUAUUCGAUUUUGCAGAUCAUCCACCGCGAUCUCGCCGCGAGGAACGUGCUCGUGGACCACAACAAGCUGUGCAAGAUCGCCGACUUCGGCAUGUCCAGAUUCGCGGACGGGGAUGGAGAGGUGAUCGAGACGAGACAUGGCAGGAACGCGUUGCCGAUAAGGUGGAUGGCGCCCGAGUCGUUGAUCUACUCGCUCUUCACCACCAAAACGGACGUGUGGAGCUUUGGAAUCUUGAUGUGGGAGAUUGUCACCCUGGGUUCGACGCCGUACCCGGACAUGACGGCACGGGAAGUGAUGCGGAACGUGCAGAACGGUUAUCGACUGGAGAGGCCUUCGCACUGUCGAAGCGAGCUGUUCAGGGUGAUAUCCCGGUGUUGGCACGCCGAUCCAGACAGGAGGCCGGAAUUCCAGACGCUGAGAAGGGAUCUGGCCCAGCUUCUCGAGGACAACAUGAACGGACAUUACGUGGACCUCGAGAGUUUUGCAUCCGAAUGCACCGAUUGAGCAUAACUUCCGAUCCAAAAUCCUACGAAAUUACCCGUGGAAAUUAUUUUCCAUUUUUCACCAUCAUUGACACCGUCGCGCCUGGAUCUAUACAUCGACGUGCGCGACGAAGGAGAUCGGUGGUUAUUUGUUCGCUGAAAGAACAGUGAAUAGUUUUGAUAUCGAUUCGGUGUAUUGACACUUGAUCGAUAAUUGUACGAGUGGCGUGAUGUUUCUGUUUGUGUAGCCCGAGCGGGGAGGAUUGUAUCGGUAAACUGGUUUCUUUUAACACGCGACAUUUUACACGGAAAAUGGAUAUGCAGUCGAUAAUUAAAAUAGAAUUUUUACACGAAUGUUUGUAUCAUAUCGGGAGAUAUUUAAAUAUUUGUAAAGAAUUGUUGUAUAAUUGGAACCUUCCAAAAUCCGUCCAUGUUGUUCUAAUUUUCUUUUUUUUUUUUUUUCCUAUAAGGUAUUUUAUACUUGGAACAAGGAAAUUUUUGACAGGGAG